GUAGGGCUGCGCGCACACGGCAGCCGCCAGCCGUCCGCUUCGUACGUUCGUGCGCAUCGCUCCCGUUCGCUCCGCGCGCCUUGAUGCACUCGCCGCCUUCCUACUGCUGCCCCGCGAGAGUGCAUACGUUUACCAUUCGCGCAGCAGGUGAGGUUGGGGCCGACGAGGCCCCGGCCGCUCGGAGUACGCUCGACGUGGUAUUGAUCGCAUUCCGUCCCGUUGGACUAUCCAAUGUUUAUAAACAGCCGGCCGCAUCCAUUCGCUCCUUGUUUUCGGUACGAUUGUCUGACAGCGAGUGAUCCGGACUGCCGGUCCAGAAUGCGUUAAGGUUGCAACUCCAAACAACCGCCUGCGAAGUUAAGUCACAUUGUCCAAGAGACAGUAGUCAAUAAGCAAGAAAUGUUCACGUGGACUGGGUCACGUGGCGGAGAUAAUAACAAUAGAUCUCAAUAGAGUACGAAAAAAUCGAUGUUUAACUAGUGAGUGAAGUGAUACUUAAGAGUCUUAAGACUGAUAAGGAUAUGAAUUCGAUAGAUGGAUUAUUAAAGGGAAACGCGUGAAAUGUCAGGAGUUAAUUAGAGAGACAGCGAUGCUGUCGUAUAUGGUGCCGGUGGAGCAGAAGCCGCCGGUGGCGCCGGCGGGCAAGCCGCGGUUGGCGCUGGAGCUGGCGGCGGCGCCCGGCAGCCCCGAGUCGGCGGCGCGGCGCGCGCUCAAGACCGCCAUCUCCAAGGACUCGUCCACCAGCUCGUUCGCCAGCGACCUCACCUUGUCCUCCUCCACGCCCACGGGUGCGCACGACAAGCCCAAACACAAGCUGCUCUCCAACGGCACCAAACACACCUCUUUGAAGCGGGUGUCGUUCGGGAGCUCUAAGGGGUCUAUGGUGGAGACUCUGAUCUACGAGAGCCCCCUUCAAGAGGAGCCCGAGAGCAGUCCUCCGCCAAAAUUGCAGGAGACUGCGUUUCCUUACACCCCCGUGGAGGACGAUUCCGAGCGAGCCAAGGUCCGCGUUUCGUUCUACCAGGGCGCGCGCCCGCAGUGCCUGUCCCCGCCGCCCCCGCCGCCCGCCUCGCACGAGCUGUACGCGGCCCUGCUCGCGGCACAUACCGACAUGGCGGACCACGCCGCCUACAACCGACAGAUCAGCACGGAGAGCGGUUGGGACAACCCGUUCCGGCCGGACGGCGACUUGAGCCGCGAGGCGGACGAGAUCGUCUCGCUGAUCAAGGGCGGGAAGCCCAUCACGCCCACGCCCACUGCGCAGCCGCAGCUCGCGCCGUGCGAGGAGGAGAAGCAGCACGCUAACAACCUCAGCGCAAAUGCGCCCUCUUCGCCCCUGACGAAAGUAUCUAGUCCGGUGGUGGCGAGCACCCCUAAGGCGAUGAACGGCACUAAGAACGGCGCGGCGGGCGAGCCGCGCGCGGGCGCCGUGGAGGUGUGCCGCGCGCCGCCGCCCGAGCCGCAGCAGCCCGAGCACGUCACCAUCAAGAAGAAGCCCAAGUGCAAGUGCUGCGUGCUGCAGUAACCGCCCCCGCGCACCGCGCCCGCCGCACCGCGCGCACGCACCGCCCGCACCGUACGUUCGCUUCUCUAUUCGUCGCAUGACCCAUCUCGACCUUGGUGUUUACACGGUGCUAUUUCAUUUUUACCCAUGUUCACAAUUUUAACGUUUCUCGAUGGAUUUCUAUAAUUACAUUUAUUGAAAUUAAUAGGUUAUCAAUACGGUUUUUCCGACUAUCAAUAUAUUAUUUGUGAUAUUUUACAAUUAUUACAAGUUUACAAAUAUUUGUCUGCUACUUAUGUAGUGUUAGUUAGGAUUCCGUACCUAAAACCUAUAAAUACUAUCAAUUAAAUAUCAAUCCCGCAUUUACCGACUACAAAACCUAAAAUUAUUAGUAAAAAAACAUUCUUCUAUAAAACUUUUUUAAUUAAAUUUGUACUUGUAAGUUUUUAAACCCUAAUUCAAACUUAAGACCCUACCUCCUUUGAUAGAGUUGUAUUGUAUGUAAAUUAUGAAAUACAAUGUUUUCUCAAUACUUAGGACCUGUGACCACAUUUAGCGGACUGAUCAACAUCACUCAGCAAUGAACUAUGAAACUUUGCAUACGAUAAUAUUUAGCGAACGCUUUGACGGAGACAGACGGCUUGGUGCAACUGACCCUUAUUGUUGUACAGCCUAUAACGAGGACUGCAAAGUACGGAAUCCUAACUGAGCGAGUGUAACUCGUAAGAGUACCUUUUACUUUAAUUUUGAACCUUAUUUUUAACUGCAUUUUUAAAUACUUUCAUUUGUUAAUAAAUGUAAUGGCGUUUUAUAUAUAUCUAUCAAAUUAAGGUACAAAGAAAAGUAUUUAUUUCAUUUAGCUAGUUUCACUGGAAACGUAAGAUUUUAAUUUAUUAUUGAUUAUACCGAUAAAUCUGUUCGUAAAUCCAGUGAUAUGCCGCACUUGUACACUUGUACAGUGUCUCGCAGUACUUGAAGACGAGAAU